GGGUGCCCCUUGUUCGAGGAGUUUUCUGUGCUGCUGCAGCCCUGCACGGUGCGGUGCCAGCGCCUGUCACCUCGUUUGUGUCACUGCGUGGUUAAUAGCCCGCUUGCCCCUCCGCACACUUGCUUGCCUUCAGUGAUCCCGGAGAGUGUGACUGGAAAUGUGAUUUCAGAAAGAAGCAGCAGAACCGCCUGUACCGAAAGCUGCCUGAGGGACCACUCAGAGAUGAUCGUGACCUGGUCCAGUUGUGUGGUGGUCUGUCAGCAUGAAAUCCGAAGGAUGGAAAAGCAGAGUAGUGGGCUGGACCUGGCAUUUGCUGCCAUUAAUGAUGUGUUCGGCAGAGAGUGAAGUGAUUUUUAUCUAUUUUCUUCCCUUUGUAUGUGACGGCUGUUCAGGUAUCUUUUGCCUUCAGCACAGAAGCCGGGAUGCUCAUGGGUGUUCUGAGGUGAAUAUAAGAAACAGUUCUGUGAAACCUGAUCAGCACAGAUCUUACCCAUGCUCAUACAAGGACUGCAAUGGAAAGGAGCUUUUGCCAGUGUUAUGUCCUUACUGUGAAAAACAUUUUUGUCUCAGACAUCGUCAUCAGUCAGACCAUGAAUGUGAGAAGCUGGACACACCAAAACCCCGAAUGGCUGCCACCCAGCAGCUUGUUCAACAUAUUAUAGAUUCUAAAAAAAGUGAUGAAGUGAAAAGCAAAAAACGUAAAGGAGCAAAAAACAGUGAGACGGCAGCAAAAGUGGCAUUAAUGAAACUGAAAAUGCAUGCAUGUGGGGACAACUCCCUGCCUCAGACAGAAAGAAUUUACUUUCAAGUAUUUUUACCAAAAGGGAGCAAAGAGAAAAGCAAACCUAUGUUCUUUUGCAGUAAAUGGAGUAUUGGCAAAGUAGUAGAUUUUGCAGCUUCCUUAGCAAGCCUUAAAAAUGACAACAACAAAUCAACAUCCCAGAAACUGAGAUUAUGCCAUACUGCCUCUGGAGAAGCCUUGCCAUUUGAGCACACACUGGAAACAUGGCUAUCUGAUAAAGACUGUCCACUGUACAAUGGAGGGAAUAUAAUUCUGGAGUAUCUUGAUAAUGAUGUUCUAUUUAUAGAAGAUACAGAAUCCUACUUUAGUUAGUGAAUACAUUUUCACAAACAAAAAAAUCUAGUAUUUUUUAGAAGCAUGGUAUCAAAGCAAGUCCAGCUUUCUUUUAAAAAUCACUGGUAUGCCAGAAUCUGUCUUCCAUUGUAAAGACACAAUUUCCAUCAAUUUCUCAGUUGCUUGACUGCAGAAGAACUGUGUCCUGAAAGGAAAAUAAUAAUAAAUAAUAUUACAGAUACUCACAUUCUAGAAUAAAUUCUUGCUGUAUUGAGCUGUAUAAUAUUAAGAAUGUUUUCUUAAAUUUGGUAUUUAUUUUUGUAUAAGUGGUGGGGACGGUAUGUCUUUAUAAAUAAUGUGAAUGUAAACUUGCAGUAUGACAGUUUUCUGAAGGAAAGAAACAUAUUACACUAUUGCAGCAUCUUCUCUGCAUCUAUACAAACAGAUUUGAUUGCAUUUGGAAACCAGCACUGUCCAUGCACCAGGUCCACAUUUUCUCUUUGUUAUAGUUUAAUGACAUUUAGAAGGAAAGCUUUAUGAAGCAAAAGUCAAUUCACUCAGGUGUCAUCCUUAUUGUCAAUCUCAUUGUGUGAUUAGGUGGGGGAUAAGAGAUCUCAGUAAGCCUAUCACUUAUUUUGCUUUACAUUACUCUUUACUGUAGUUUUAACAUGACUUUGGUAGGAAUAAAUUACUUUAUUGGAUGUGGUGUGGAUGUCACACAAACAAAGGUGGUUUUGAUUUCUGUGAAGGAAAGGGUUUUCAGUGGCUGGAUAUUUUGGAAAUCUUCAUCCUCUGGCAGUUGAAACUACAGGAGCAUUUUUCUGCUUUCCCCUGCCAGUCUCUCCAGUUGUUAUCUUGCUUUCCAGUACAAGGAACAGUUCCUUUUUUCCUUGUUAUUUAUUUUCCUCCCUUUCAUCUGCAAUUGUCUAUUCAUCUUUCUUUUUAUCUUAGGCUGCUGUGGUACAGAAUAUGCAGUAAGAGGCCAAGCAGCCUUGUGGAACCAGUGAGUUGGGAAGAGCCCUAAGCAGAACUUGUUCCCUGCACUGUUGCUACAAAAGCAAGUGGAAAAUGCUGCUGUGCAACAGGGUCAUUUCUCUUCUUUUUAGCAGAAAAUCUUUAUUCUCUACUUACACCCUUCCUCCUGCCCCUGAUUUUUCUGCCUUAGCAGUUGCAGGCAAAAUAGUUGAAAUAACACUUUCAUGUGAUUAAAGAGAAGAUAGACUUGGGAUGCAGGAAGUAAAUCUUUUGGGAGACCUCAAAGGUUUUACCAGGGUUGCUUUCAUCAAUUGCCAGUAAUGGCUAAGGGCUGUCAGCCUGUAAAUGACAGUACAAACAUGGCAAGUCACAGUCAAUAUGACUCCAAAAAGUUUUCACUAUCAUCUUAUUCCAGGAAUGUGUCCAGGGUUGUACACAGAAGCUCAUUCCAGGUAGUUUUCAGAAACUGAGAAGCAAAACCAAAUUAGUCUGACAGAUAAAUAAUUGAGAAGAGGUGAAAACUCCACCCUAAUCAAUGGUACUAGGAACAAUAGAAGAAACUUUUCCAGACUUUUAGGAUCUUGCCUAGGCUAUAAUUGUUCUCAUUUUACCUUUUAGAUUCCAACAUAUCUUUACUUAGCAGUUUUCUUUUGUUUUUGUGGGGUUUUUAAAACUUACUAUCUUAUAACAUUUUCAUACAGAAAGUUCAACAACUGCAUUUGAAAAAAAAACAAACCAAAAGACUGGAGUAGUCUGUCUGCAUUUGAAACCACUGUAAAUUUUACAGGCCUGUGCUUAGAAGGUGCUGAACUGUUUCACUUCAAAGUUAAUAAAUAAAACUUUAACUUCUGGUAGAUACAAAAAAAGUAUGUAAAGUUAUGCAAGCAAGAAGAGGAGUUUAUCAAAAGAAAUACUUCCUGAUUUUAAGUCAAACUAAAAAAAAUGUUAAUAUCAAGCAUUUUACUUGUUCUAGCUGUGAUUUUAGAGAAUGCACAAGGUCAAGGAUUUACAAACAUAUUUAUAAGAUGCUGUGGUAGCAACUCCUGGCCUUGUUCUGGUCCCAGUAUUGCUACAAGGUUGCCUAGCAUGUGUUUAUAAUAUACACAACAGGAAAGGGUUGUAUUAACACCAAUUCUACCUAGAUACAGGACCUGUUAGAUCGGCUGGGCAAUGCUGUAGUAAACAAGAAAUAAUGUAUCACUAAGACAGCAGGCAUUAAUUUCUCAUACUUGUAUUUUCACAAUUUUCUGUUAUUGUGUCUGUUUUGGAAAAGUAUGCACCCUGGGGUGUGAUCAGUCUGGUUUGCAGACUUUUUAUCACUAGGUCACCUCUGUUCAUCCAGUUUAUCAGGUGACACAUAAAAAUACACCUUGGAGCUUAGUUUUCCUCCUAGUAGCCUAAUACAUAAAAUACAAUAUUUCAGCUGCAAUAGAAAUUGUGGUUUCGAUUAGGAAAAUUCUUUUAUUUGUUACUGUUUUACGUCUGCAGAUUUUAAGGUGAAUGCAGAAAUCUCCUGUAAAACCCUUGCUGUAAUGUUAAGUAUACAUUAGUGAUGCCAAAGCCAUUUGCAUAACACUCAUGCAGUCCUAUAUCGAUUGUAUUGAGGCAUGUUCAGCUGCUUGCCUCAACAGAAACCGAAUCUGAGCCAAAGUGCCUCUUUCAAUGGUGUCUGCUCUUGGUGUAACUGUGUAAAGAACGAUUUGCAAAAUAAUCAAUAAAAAUACAACUUAUCAUCUCUGUA